AUGCAGCAGUCCGGCGGCGGCGGCGGCGGCGGCGGCGGCGGCGGCGGCGGCAGUGGCAGUGUGUGCAGCGGCGGCGAGAGCUCCGGUGCGGGCACGGGCACAGCCGCGGCGCUGCGAGAGCAGGGCAACGCGCUGUACAAGGCUGGCCAGUACGCCGAGGCGCUGCGGCUCUACUCGCAGGCGGUCGGUGCGGAGCCGAGGAACGGCGCGCUGCACGGCAACCGCGCGGCGUGCUGGAUGAUGCUCGGAAAGUACGAGCGGGCUGCGGCGCGCGAGGCGCAAAAGGCGAUCGCGCUGGACGCGGACACGCUCGACGCGUACACGCUGCGCGCAGACGCGCUGGUCGGCAUGGGGCUGGCGGAGAAGGCGAUGAGGCUGCUUCGGGACGGGCUACAACGCGACCCGGACAAC